AUGAAGCCGCCUGCCAAUUAUACAGGUGUCCUUUUAUUGGAUGACAGGGAUCCCAAGAAGUAUCCAACCAAAUUAUCCACAGAACAGAAAUCUCUUUUGAAAGCGGUAUCUCAUUUAUUAGAAUCGCUGGUUCCACAUUCAAGUACACCAUCGAAUUCAACAUCAUCGUCCAUCUCAAAGCAUCUUCCUAGUGAUGCUCAACGAUUGUUGGCUACUUUGAUUAUUGCUUUUCAGCUAAAUGACAGUUCUGCAAGGUCUGUGCACAAGCUUUAUCGGUACUUCAAAUACUGGGAAUUUUCAAUAUCCGGCCAGCUUAUUGCCCCAAAGGCAAUAAGGCGGCUCAGAUAUUCAACCAUGCCAUCUGCUGCCAUCACACCUAUUGGAAUGGACAAUUGGAAGAAAGUCAUGUGCUACAUGGACUCAUUACUUUUCUCCAUGUUUUACACGACGUCCUCUUUUGAUUUUCUCUUGGAUUCUACAGCCGAUGAGAAUUUAGCUCCAUCUUUGCAGCAGGAAAUUGAAGAACUCAAAACUUUACUUCGGUUUGUUGUGAAUCUUCUUCGUUCAGGUGAAUACAUAAGAGUUGGAAUUAUCGAGCAGGUGUGCAUAGCUCUUAAUUCUUUAGGUUGCGACUUGGCUCUCAGUUGUUCGCAACAGGAUGCCUUACAGCUGUACGAGUUUCUUGCCGAGUCUUUGUCACUUCCAUUGCUUACCAUGAAAUUAGACAUUAUACAUUCUGGCAAGCUUAAUUUGAGUGAUGAUCUGAGGCUUAUUCAAGAGAGAACCGUACUGAUUUCUGUGCCGACUGACGUGUCCACGCAGAUGGAUGAUGCUGGCUCUUCAUCCGCAAAUUCGAAAAAUAACGCCUCGGAAGUUCCUCGGACUACACUAACUACUGUCAAUGAGGCUCAAAAUGGUACUAAAGCUGCUCAAACUUCGAACGAAACAAAGCAGAGUGCAGAAAAUACCAACGGAAAGAAAAACAAACUAGAUAAAAAUGACAAGCCGCAGGCUAAAUUGACACCAGUCUCACUUGAGGAAUGCCUCAACAAUUAUUUUAACAACAGCGUUACGGUGAAAAGACAUCUAGAUAAAAAGAGAGAGCGUAAAUACGUUCAUGAUACAACACCAAUUGAUGCGGAUGAGCUCAGCCAGUACGAGAAAAUGGGUAUUGUUCAUCAGACGAAUGACAACGAAGACGAGAAGUCGUCUGCGUCGAUUGACUCGAAGUUGAGCGAUUCUGCUGUAGAAACGAAAGAUUCUCCAAGUCCAGAUACGAAAACAUUAAGUCCGAAUCCAUCCUUAAGAUAUAGUGAACAGCCAUCCAUAGAUUCAAAUGUCUUGGCAGUAAGUCCGUCAAGAAAUGAUGGUAUGUCAACGUUGACUGAUUUUUCUAGUGUGGUCAGUGGUAACUCUACGGCUCUUAUGAGCACGGCCGGAGAAUCAGAUUAUUCUGAUCCAUAUUUAGCACGUGGAUCUAUCAGCAAGGUCUCAGAGAGAAUAGAAGCAUCAAGAACACGAUCGUCUACAAUAGUCAGUGUGUUGAAUAACGUUCAUAUACCCAAAAAAUCGCAUCUUACCAGGAGAUCAUCUUCCAUAUCGAAUGUUGAAGUCAAUCUUCCUGCCUGGAUGUUUCUUCAAUUACUUCCUUACUACACCGAUCCAUCCAAAAAUUUGAAGUUUGAGAAUCACGAAAUGCUGUAUCGAUCGAGAAAUAAAAGGAGUCGUACAAUUGAUUCUUUGGAUUCGGCUGGAAGAUCUGAUUUGUCCGAUACCCAACCGGGAUCCAAUAAAGAAGUAAACAGUUCGGCUUUUGAGCAGAGAUUUGCCGAUAGAAGGCCCAUUGUCCCAAUAUGCUUAAAACGCUACGUAUGGGAUAGUAAGGGCCGAUCCCAUAAGAAUUCACGCAAGGUUAUAAUUCCGGAAAUUAUGAAGAUGCCCUACUUCAUUGCCGAAGAUAGGAAGAGGCCAGGUUUUGUCGAUUUCAGAAGAAACUUCGAUAAUACAGCACCCAGAGGAUCGUUCAUGCUUGUGUUGGACAGUUGCGUUUGCCAUAGAGGAUCAUCUGUGAAUUCAGGACAUUACAUUUCGCUUGCUAGAAAAAGACCUUUUGAUCCAUAUGUUGAUAAGGUCAAUUCAGAUACAAAGGAUUGGAUCAUCUUUAAUGAUAUGAUGCAUCCGGGACAUAAAAUACGCGAUGUAUCAUUUAAUGAGGCAAUGGAUUCAGAAGAUCCAUAUAUUCUAUUCUAUCGUGUUGUCGAGCUGCACGAUGAAGAUGGAAAGCCUUUGAAAGAAUAUCUUUACAGAGAUGAAGAUGCAAAAAGCAUCGAGGAGGUAGAUCCCCUAUCUUCAGGAGUAGAAGAAGGCGCAGAUCGAGAUCAUUAUCUGUCAGUGGCCACACAAUUCUCAAAGGCCAAUACACUUACCAAGUAUCCAUCGACUUUAGAAUCUGAGGAUCGAACCUUGAGAUCGCGGGAGCAAUCCACUAUAUCAAUAAAUCCAACGAACUCGUCUUUGAAGCUUCCAGAGAAUUCCUCCGCCAGGUUAUCUACAGAAUCAGAUUUAUCGAAGGCUGAGAAGGUUGGAAAACCAACAGAAGGUGUCGUGUUAAAGCCCAAAGAAAAUGAAACACCAAUUAAUGGAGGUGGAUCUGAUAACUCAGUUGAGUCAGCAAACUCGUCUUUGUCAUCCUCAAGGCCUGUUAUAAAGAUAGAUAAUGCUCCACAGUCCACAAAUGCAAGCAACUUGCAACCAAACGUUGCUUCUGCCAACUCUCAGAAGAUUACACCAGGAAUUCGUCUAGGAAGACUUGGAAUCGGAAAGUCCAAGAGCAAAUCGGGCUCUAAAGAGCAUUUGCAGUUUUCAGCUAUGGAUGAUAUUUCACCAUCAGAAUCAUUCUACAUUGGUGUACAGGAUAUGUACUACUGGUACAAGAUUGAUAGCACGGGAGAGUAUAGUGAUAACUCUUUUGAUGAGCCUCCUGGUGUGCGUGCGCUUACCGAUGACAUGAUUUCAGAUGUUGUUUCGAAAGAAGAGGAGAUGGAUGGAGGGUUUAUGGACAAGUUGAACACGAGAUUACUUUCCUUGAGAAAGAGCUCUGGAACUCCACCUUCUUUGGUGAAUUUCUCGCGUCAUCACCAUCAUCAUCAUCACCACCACCAUCACAAUAAAGGCCUCAAGAAGUAUGAUGAACAACAUGAAUCAAACGAUGAACAGGCCAAGUUGAAUGACACAGAAGAGUAUAAUGAAAGUGAAGAUGCAGGUGAGAAUGAUUCAGAUAGAUAUUACAGAGAAGCAGAGCAGCAUAGGGAAUCUGAUUCAAGUACUAAAGUGAAAAUAUCACAUACGGAUACCAUUGCACCAAAGUCACGUAUUCCAGAGUUGGAUUCAUAUUCGAUUUCAUCGAAAGAUUCGAAAAUUAUGGAUGGCUCAAAGUCAUCACAGGGAUCAGUCAGUAUUUAUUCAUCUGAGGAUCAUUCAUCAAUUGAUCCUUUGUGUACGAAUGUUGCCAAUGACGAUGAGACGGCGGUUAAAAAGUAUUCGGUAAGUGAACCUGUUAGUAGAAUUCUUUCGCCAGCGAUUUCUGAAACCACAUCUGCAGGUAAUAGAGUUCUUUCGCUAGAUGCUUCCAGAAUUAACUCGAGAGAGUCCGAAAUAAGUGCAGGUUUAUCUUCUUUGGUACAGAAGGGUACCGCACAUGAUUUAUCUACCGUCACAUCUGCCAAGACCACAAAAACGCUUUCCAUAAAGAAGCACAAGUCACAUAAGAAAAGCAAGUUAAGGGGUAUUUUCAAGAAGUUAUUACCAUGGGAGGGAAAGAAGAGCGCUUAA